GAAGCAGAAGCAGAAGGAGGAGCUGCUAACUUCCGCACCGCUCCUUCUGCUGCUGUCAGAUUAACCCCCUGUGUGUUUGUGCCAGCUACAGCUACAUACAGUAUGUUAUCACGAUCCAGAUGUGCAUACCGGACGCUCGGGCGCUCUCUGUCAGCGGUGAGCCAGGCCAAUAAUGUGCUGGUCCGACAAAGUGUAUCAGGCCUCCCUGUCUGCAGCCAGCUAGUUUACAGGAAUUCACAACCAUGUGAAUUUCCAUCAUCAGCGAAUGUCUUCCACAUCAGAUACUUCAAGACAUCUGCUGUUCACAGGGAUGAGGUCGUCACAGUCAAAACUCCUGCAUUCGCAGAGUCUGUUUCAGAGGGGGAUGUGAGGUGGGAGAAAGCUGUGGGCGACUCAGUGUCAGAAGAUGAAGUGGUGUGUGAAAUUGAGACUGACAAGACCUCAGUACAAGUCCCCGCUCCAGCAAGUGGUGUGAUUGAGGAACUGCUGGUUCCUGAUGGAGGGAAGGUAGAAGGAGGGACGCCGCUCUUCAAGCUCCGGAAAGGAGCUGUUGCUGCCAAAGCUGCUCCGUCUCCAGCUGCAGAUGCGCCGGCUGCAGCCCCUCCACCUCCACCACCACCUUCAGCACCCACUGCCAUGCCUCCAGUGCCACCACAGCCUGCCCAAGCCAAACCUGUUUCUGCCAUCAAGCCCAAAGCUGCAGCUCCAGCACCACCUCCUCCAGCUGCAGGAUCCAGAGGAGAAAACAGGGUGAAGAUGAACCGUAUGAGGUUGAGGAUCGCCCAGAGGCUAAAGGAGGCUCAGGAAACCUGCGCCAUGUUGACCACCUUCAACGAGGUGGACAUGGGCAACAUUCAGGACAUGAGGAAUCUCUAUAAGGAUGCUUUCUUAAAGAAGCACAACAUCAAACUGGGAUUUAUGUCGGCGUUUGUGAAAGCUGCAGCGUACGCUCUGACUGACCAACCUGCUGUCAAUGCCGUUAUUGAUGAUACAACCAAAGAGAUUGUCUACAGGGAUUAUGUUGACAUUAGCGUCGCUGUGGCAACUCCAAAGGGGCUUGUUGUACCGGUGAUCCGUAAUGUUGAGACCAUGGACUUCGCUGACAUUGAGAAAACCAUUAACGCAUUGGGAGAAAAGGCUCGUAACAAUGAGCUCGCUGUUGAAGAUAUGGAUGGAGGCACCUUCACCAUCAGCAACGGUGGCGUGUUUGGCUCCAUGUUUGGCACGCCCAUCAUCAACCCCCCACAGUCUGCCAUCCUGGGCAUGCAUGGCAUCUUCGACCGACCUGUGGCCAUCAAUGGCAAGGUUGAGAUCCGGCCCAUGAUGUACGUGGCGCUGACGUACGACCACCGACUCGUCGACGGCAGAGAAGCGGUCCUUUUCUUACGCAAGAUCAAAGCGGUGGUGGAAGAUCCACGAGUGCUUCUUCUGGACAUGUGAUGUUUUCUACCACCACAUUUAAUCUUAUUUAAAGCUGCAUAAAAUGAACUCCACGCCACAAAACACGCACAAAUCUGUUGUCCAUUUAACUGUUCAGUCAGGGGGAUAUUGAGGUUGUGUUCCAGCACUCAUAUGGAGCUUAAAUACCUGGUAUUAUCUGUAGAGAAUAUGCUUAGAAUGGGCUUUGGCUAGAUCAACAAAGCUACACUAUUGCUUGCCAUCUUUCAUCAGUUAUUGUUUUGCUGCAUUAUCACAUUUACAUGACUCACACUCAUUUAUGGGGUGUGUUAUUCUACCCAUAUGCUCUUCAGAUUGGACAUAUGAAGCAGUAGAUAAAACACUCGCUGCAUCCAUGUCACAUUUGUGUAAUCAUGAGACAGAAAUGGCUUUUCCAGGCAACACUUGGCUGCAUGACUUUCUCCUCUGCUCAUUAGUUGGUGCUCCUGAGCCACUUUUUCCACAGCAGGGCCAAGCGGAGCUCACACUAAUUAGUUCAAGAUGUUUUUAAUGUCAACACAGGAUUGAAAGAGUUCCUUGGUUUUGCUGCUAGUGAUUGUUACAAGCAGCAGUCCGGAAAAAGGAAUCAGCGAUCGGGAAACCAGGUUUUUGUAUGGAACACGUGUAAACCGGUGCCAUGUUUUGGAGGUGACUCCAGUUAUAUCCCUGCUUCUCACAGUCAUCCAUGUCCUGCAUCAUUUUGAUUUUGUUUUCAAACCUGCAUUCUUUGACCAUCAAAGUCUAUAAUGUUGAUCAAACUGUUACGUGCUUUUAGUAAAAAACAGACACGCAAAUUCACUGUUCGUUAGCAGAAACUGUACAAAACAUGAACCAAACACUAUUUCUUUUUUAAUCUACAAUAUAGUUACUUUAUGGGCGAUGUGUUGGGAGUAAUGUUCAAAACGCACAACUUUGGCAGCAGGUUUUUAUGUUGAGCUCCAAUGCUGGAUGAAAUUUUCAUUGUGCUAUCCUAUAUAUAUAUAAAAUACUUGUAUCUAUUUAAAGAAACAAUUUUCAACAUUAAACAUCUCAAGAAUUUUAUGUACUGAAA